AUGGCCACUGUGGUGCCACCAGUGACGCAGGACUCGACGAGCAAGAAUGGUCCGACGGCGAUGGUCUUCAUGAAUAUGGGCGGUCCCUCCACCACCGAUGAAGUUGGCGACUUCCUGUCUCGACUGUUCGCGGACGCCGACCUCAUUCCACUCGGACCACUCCAAAACUACCUGGGACCUCUGAUCAGCAGGAGACGAACCCCUAAGAUCAAGAAGCAGUAUGCAGACAUUGGUGGAGGGAGUCCGAUCCGCAAGUGGAGCGAAUACCAGGCGGAGGAGAUGUGCAAGAUCUUGGACAAGACGAACACGGAGAGCGCACCGCACAAGCCAUACGUCGCGUUUCGGUAUGCGAAUCCGUUGACGGAGGAGAUGUACAACAAACUGUUCGAAGAUGGGUUUGGCAAGGGAAGAGGAGGGAGAGCAGUCGCGUUCACUCAAUAUCCGCAAUAUUCUUGCAGUACUACGGGCAGUUCGCUCAAUGAAUUGUGGAAGUGGAGGCAAAGACUUGAGUCGCCUACGCGGAGUGCGGAUGCACCAGCAGAGGGUUCGAUACAAUGGAGUGUGAUUGAUCGCUGGCCUACACACCCUGGACUGGUUCAAGCAUUUGCAGAGAACAUCACCAAGAGACUGGAGUCAUACCCUGAGGACAUUCGUGACAGCGUAGUACUGCUGUACAGUGCGCACAGUCUCCCCAUGAGCGUGGUGAACCGCGGUGAUCCCUACCCAUCUGAGGUUGCGGCAACUGUCUGGGCCGUGCAGCAAGCACUUGGACAUCGCAACCCGUACCGACUUGUAUGGCAGUCGCAAGUUGGACCAUCGGCAUGGCUUGGUGCCCAGACGGCUGAGACGGUUCCCAACCUUAUCAAGAAGGGCCAGAAGGACAUUGUAUUGAUCCCCAUCGCAUUCACAUCCGAUCACAUCGAAACUCUAUUCGAAAUCGACCAGGAGGUAAUUCACGAAGCAGACCAGGCAGGCGCAGACGGCCGUGUGCGAAGAGCAGAGUCUCUGAACGGCAGCCCAACAUUCAUUAAAGCUCUUGCGGAUCUCGCAGGGAGCCAUUUGAAGUCGGGCGUGAUUUGCAGCAAACAGAUGGGACUGCGAUGUCCCGGUUGUAAGAGUGAGAGAUGUCUGGAACAAAAGCGAUUCUUCAUGGGGCAGGGAACACAAGCCAAUGAAGCCGUGACUUUGUAA